UAAAGGUCUGCGGUUGGCGCGCGCCGCUCCCUCUGUUCCCGGGAUCUUGGGAGGCCUGUAACACGGUGUGUGGCGACCGUUGCGCAGGGCCGCGCCGUAUGCGAAAAUUUCUUAGGAAUUAGUCAAUUCGCUGACAAAGUCGCCGGGAUAUUCUGUAAUCCUGCUUGUUGAGGGCUAAAUUAACCAUAAAGCAGUGAAAACUGUGGACGAACUUGGACAAUUGGGAGCUCAGGAAAAUUGCGCCAUUUUGGACGUGCCAACCAUUGUGUGUAGCCUUGCCACAGGCGAACAUUUCUCUGGGUUUCAGUGACGAUUUAGAUCGGUUUGAAGUUUUGAGACAAUACACUGGACGCAGACUCGGGAGAGCGGACAGAGCAAGCAGAUUGAAAAUCAAACUUCCCUGGGCAGGGUUUUACUAGCUGCGUCAUCGUUCAUUCGUCAGUUCAAGAACUGUUUCCAGUGAACUUUGGUAGUCGAGAAGCCCAUGCCCACGCCAUAUGGUUUUAGUGCAAUCAACAAGACGAGCAAACGGCCUAAAAAGCUUAGUGCCAAAACUAAGGAAUGCUGAAGAAAGAAGACCAUCACAACCUGUAAAGUCACUAAGCUGGUCUACCCUGACUAAAGAAAACAGAAAUAAAGACUAGUAAAUAGAUAAAUAAAUAGUGACAGCAUCCGACGAGAAGCCAUCAUGGAACAGUUUAACCAAGCACUUGAUCUGAGCAAUCAAGAGCUGUACAGGAGUUCAACAGCCACAGGUGAAUACAACACAUCAUCUUUGACUCAGGAAAAGGUCUUUGACAAUGAGGAGCCUGAUCAUGAUGACUCUGGAUCAAGUGGAAUCGGAGGCCCAUCACCAACCACCAGUGAGAGUCCAAGUGAUGAUGAGGAAGGUAACAGGUCUGCAACAGCCACUGGAAUAACAGCGGGUGAAGUGUAUACACGUAUAGAGGAACUUGAAACGGAAGCUGAAGCAUCUAGGUCACAGGAUCGCAAAGGAGAAAUCUACCGCGAGCUGGCCGAUCUACAUGACCUGCUUAAAAGGGAGAAAAGCGGCAAACUAGGCAUUUGCGUUAGAUCACUGUACAGUGAGUCUGUGCCAAGAGACUUGCACGACAGCACCCAUGGGGGAUCACUGGAAGCAAGGACAGAUCAAUGCCUCACUGAACUGGUAAACACUCAAGAUGCCGAAUCUGUGCCCAACAUCGAGACGAUGAAAACUGAUGUCAGUCUUCUUUGGAAGAGACCGGAACAACAUGCAAUUCCAUACCAUGGAAUCAUCAAGGUGUCUGCAAAGGAAAUGAAGUUGGCAGAUGACUAUGCCCUACAACGUGAAGAAGGCUCAGAGGGAGCAUUCGAACGCCUAUGCGACUACAUUGUCAACAACAAAGAAAGGAUGGCUCCUAUUGUGGAUUAUCUAAAUAGCAUUGGGGUCCAGGUGUAUGACAUAAAGCGUGGUUGCAUUGAACUGUGGGUAGGGUGCUUCAACCAUGAAUUUGCAGAUCAUUUGCAGGAAGAGGAAGGCAUUGAGAGUCUGAAGACCAGGUUGCAGAGUCAAGUGUUUCAUCCAGCUUUGCUGAAAGAGUUUGGACUGGAAUCUCUUGAACUGAAAAUCACCUUCAAAUUUUCUCCAGUUGCAGACACAGUGACAUUCGACUUAGAGGAAGAUUUCAUUGAGAUCUCAUGCGAAAAGGAUCAUGAGCAUGAAGACGAUGCACCUAUCAAGUCACUGGACAAGCCUGGUGACAUCAGGAUUGCACCAUCAGAUGUGACAGAGAACAGCAUCAGCAUCACCUGGGCAGAUGCAUCUGCAACCAAAGACUACAGUAUCAGCAUCACUCCUCCUGAUGGUGACAACCCUACUGGAAGAGUGGGUGAUGGAGCACCAUUAGAGUACACCUUCAUCAACCUGACACCUGGGACCCUGUACAAUAUCAGUGUCACAACUGCUGGGGAUGAGAUUGGGAAUGCAGCAAGUACAGUGCAGCUGAGGACAAAACCUGCUACAAUUGAUAGUCUGGAUGGAUCAACCACUGGAGGAGAAGCAGCAUACCAAGAAGCAAGAGGACUCACUACCCCUCCUCUACAAAAUCCAACAGGUGGUUCUACUAGUCGUUCCACUGAUGCAAGUCUGAGUGACGAGUCUUUACAUCUGCAAAGUGGUGACAACAUGCAGGAUAACCUGGCAUCAAACCGACCCGACAUAACUGAUGUAAGGCCUGAUGACUUCAGUACUAGUGAUGAAGAGACAAUGCCAAAUGCCCCACCUGAAGAUGCAAAUGAAGCAGCUAUGGGGGCACCUGCUGCAUCAGACCAGCUGAGUCCUUCAGAAACUUGGGAGCAAAUGGAGGAGGGCGCUGAUGGGGACCAACCAGUGUAUGACACAGAGCGGCGUCUGUACAUCUUCACUAAGGCUCAUAUUGAGAAGAUGACAGAGAAUUUCUCCCCAUUAAAGAAGAUAGCUCAUGGGGCCUUUGGACCUGUUUACUAUCUAGAGAAGUUUUCUUAUGAUGGUCCACUGAAGGGGCGACAAAUGGCUGUGAAGGUGAACCGUUCUGAUGACCAAGGAAGGAGGGAGUUCAUGCAGGAGCUGGCAAUGGCUGGAUCCCGUCAUCCCCAUCUCCUGCCUCUGUUUGGGAUAUGUGAAGAUGAGAGUUGCCUGUCUCUGGUGUCACCCUACAUGGCCAACAAAGACCUGAAGUCUUGGAUACAGGACAAGACAUCACCUACAGACUGGAAGACAAGACUGGUGAUUGGUCUGGACCUGAUAAGUGCCAUCCGGUAUUACCACCAGAAGACUGAGGGUCCAAAUAAGAGGUUCCACUGUGACGUGAAGUCAGCCAAUGUGUUCCUGGAUGCCCAGCUUCGAGCCCGUCUUGGUGACCCAGGCUUGAUGAGGGAAGUUUCCAAAGACAAAACACAUCUGACUCAAACGGGUUAUGACUGGGGAACCCCAUACUACCAGGACCCCUUCUGUCUGAAGUAUGGAAAGUAUCAUGAGAAAAGUGACCUUUACAGUGCAGGAAAAGUCCUUUUAGAGCUCUUCACAAGCAUUACUGCUGACAAACAGGAAAAUGGACGUUUGCUAUUCGAAGUCUGGUCUGAAGACCUGGACUACUUUGAUAAGCAGAGUGACGGGACAAAGCUGUGUGAGGCGGCAGACCGUUCAUCAGCAGUGGGUUGGCCUGAAUGUAAUGAGGAUGAUACUUCUGUGACACAACAGUUUGCAAAGCUGAUCAUAGGUUGUCUUCAAGAGCAUCCCAAGGACAGAAUUACAUUGAAGGAGCUCUACCAAAAGCAGAAGGUACUUGUGCAGACGUCUGCUGCCAUUGGGAAACAUAACAAAGCAGUGCCUGACUGGUGCAUGCACUGUCUUACCUGCAAGCCAUGUCCCAUUCCCAUGGCCUGUGGAUGUGCCUUGUUGUGUAGUGCCUGCAUGAAAAGCGACAAUGAAGCUCUGUACUGCCCUAACCACCACAUGGAUACAACAGGCUUAGAUACCGCAUUCUACACAAAUGCAGCUCUGCCAUUCCCAGUCCAAAACGGUGUAGCAGUCAUCAUCAACAACAUGAACUUCCAAAGCAACAUCAACCUAAGUAGGAGAGGAGGAGCAGAAGACACUCGUAGAUUAAGGGACACAUUUGAAAUGCUGGGCAUGUCUGUAACCUGCUAUGAGGACAAGACAGGAGGGGAUAUAAUCUCAUUACUACGACACGUAAACCUGGCUGAUCAUUCUGUAAAUGACUGCUUUCUCGUGUGCAUCAUGAGUCAUGGGUCCCAAGGAAAAGUGUAUGGAAGUGAUGGAGUAGGUUUAGAUCUACAAGAUCUAACCGAACCAUUAACUGAACGUUCCUGCCCUAACUUAGCUGGAAAACCUAAAGUCUUUCUUAUUCAGGCUUGUCGGGGUGAUUGCAAUGUUAAUGCCAACAGAGACUUUUCCCUUCCCAAAGCACCAAAUAUUUACCUUGGCAUGGCUACUCAGCCAUGUCACAUUGCAUGCAGAAGUGAAACUGAAGGAAACCCCUUCAUUAAAUGCAUUACAAAAGUCCUGGCUGAGGAAGUGGGGAGGAUGGACCUACUCCAGAUUAUGACCAAGGUGACCAAAAUGAUGAAUACUGACUGGGUCAACAGCACUUUCUCUAUUUCAACACUAAUGAGGAACCUGUAUUUUGGUUUACCAAAGACAUGAUAAAAAAGCAAAAGGAAGUUCUGCCUGUGUCUCAUACAAGAAAUUGAUUAUGUUUACCGAAGGAAAACAUAUUGUUUUUGCUCCAUCUGUUCCAAACACCAACCUCUGACCUGGCCAAUGGCCUCAU